AACGGCGUCGUACGAAGUGUGGAAAACGCAGUUAAAAUUGGAGUGAGCGAGAAAUAGCAGCGAAACCUACACGAGUUUGUUCAUUGUUGCCGGGGAGGGAGCACCGAAUUUGGGAAGAGAGUGUGAGAGAUAGAGAACCCGAAGCUCAAUCGCCACCUUCCCUCCGUCUAGGGUUUUCGAUUCCUCCCACGGGGAUCUAUGGCGACGGCGAACUCGAAUCGGCAGCAGAAGCAGAGGCAGCCGGCGGCGGCGGCGGCGGCGGUGGUGAAGCGGAAGCCGGUGUUCGUGAAAGUCGACCACCUGAAGCCAGGGACUAAAAACCACAACCUGAUCGUCAAGGUCUUGUCCUUCGACACCGUCCUCGAGAAGGGUCCCCGGCCAGCGGCAGUAGCAGCGUCUCAGCGCCUCCGCAACACUCGCAUCGCCGAGUGCCUCGUCGGCGACGAGACGGGAACUAUCCUCCUCACAGCUCGCAAUGAGCAAGUCGACUUGGUGAAGCCUGAAACCACUAUCAUAAUCCGAAACUCGAAGAUUGACAUGUUCAAGGGUUCCAUGAGGCUAGCUGUUGACAAGUGGGGUCGCAUCGAAGUCACUGAGCCUGCUAAUUUCGUGGUAAAAGAGGAUAACAAUAUGUCGCUGGUGGAGUAUGAACUGGUGACGGUUGCUGCAGAUGCGGUUGCUGCAGAUGAGUAGAGCGGAUGCUUUUGUGGUGGUGGUGUUUGUUAGGGUCGGAUUUUUUUUUUUAUGUUUCUUCUGGGGGGUAUUGCUUAAGUGGUGCUUUAAAUGGAGUUAUGCAAGUCUUCAGAGUCCAUCAAAGUUUUUAGUUUUCCUACAUUGUGUCGUGGGAUGGUAAUGCUACGACUCUUUACGGGUUUGGUAUAUGGAACCUCCCUGAAAUUGGUUCAGUCUCUCUGCUAUCUCAAGCUUAACCUCUUCCUUUUCUUUUUCUAGGAUGUUCUUGUUGGACCUUAUUUCAGCACCACUGAGAUGGUUUGUUUGUGUAAGUUGCUAUUCACUUGCUUUCUCAUGUCCAGCCAUUGUCUUGGAGCUCGAAACAUUUGGUGUUAGAACUGUUAAUAGUAGAUUCAUCUAUUGUUUAGCUGAUCAUCUCUGGCGUUCUACGAUUGAAGUAGCUGUGUAACUGUUUCUGGUAUUUUGUAUUUUCUCUCUCUGUUGCACAGCGUUCUUAUCGUGUGCAUCGUAGUAGUACUCAUCAUCGUUUUAUUAGAAUAGUGCUUGUAACCGAGACUUCGAUUCACUUGUUAUAACUAGGAUCAUCAUCCAGCUGAAAUCGAAGUACUGUGUAGUGAUGUGAUCAAAUCCGAAUUGAAUAACAUCUUGGCUCGGUCUUGACCCAACGGAA